UUGAUAAACAACUCCUUUCUCUUUUUUGAAAUCAGUGUUCACGAGUUUUUAUCAAUAUUACUUUUUCAAAUGGGGAAAACAUUUUUACAACACCCAGGCGGUGUAAGAUUGUAUUCAUGUGCGAAGUGUGACACCGUCUUGACGAAUAAAUCUCAACUAAUUUCUAUGAGGUUCACUGGAGCCACAGGAAGAGCAUUUCUUUUUAAUAAAGUUGUUAACAUUACAUUCAGUGAAGUGCAAGACAGAAUGAUGUUAACAGGAAGGCAUAUGGUUCGAGAUGUUUCCUGUAAGAAAUGUGAUGCAAAACUUGGUUGGAUGUAUGAAUAUGCUGUUGUGGAAUCCCAACGUUAUAAGGAAGGGAGAGUUAUUCUUGAAAGAGCUUUGGUAAGCGAAGGUGAUGGCAUUGAUGAAAUUGGAUUGAACUAGUGACAUUGAAAAUAACAGUACAAGUUAACUUCAACUGCAAUUGUAUCCCCUCCCUGGGUUUUAUCUUGCAAAGAACAGAAUUUUCCUUUUCAACAACAUUACUAUCCUGUCAAAGUUUCUCACAUGGAAGAAAAACAAUGGUUUUCAUAGAAAACCAGAAAUUCCUAGGG